AUGGCCAGCCCCCCAAGUGAGAAGGAGCAAAAGAAAGAAGCUAAUCCUCGUGCUCGAAAAGACAGAGUCUUUGUACAUGCGCUCAACACGGUCAAGAAGAUCCCCAAGACGGGCGCGUCGCGGCCGCCGCCCGCCGACCGACUCCGGCUCUAUGGCCUCUACAAGCAGGCGAUGGAGGGGGACGUCGACGGGGUGAUGGCGCGGCCGGCGAGCGUGGAUGGCGAGGAGGAGCCGGACGAUGUCAAGAAGGAUAGGGAUAAGUACGACGCGUGGGAUGCGCAGCGGGGGAUUAGCCGGACGGAGGCUAAGAGGAGGUAUAUCGAGGCGUUGAUUGAGACGAUGCAUCGCUAUGCUAGUACGACUGCUGAUGCGAGAGCGUUGGUUGAUGAGCUGGAGUUUGUGUGGGAUCAGAUUAAGAAUAACACGGCUUCUUCCUCGGGCUCUUCUCCUGGCAGAGGCGUGCCUUCGUACACGACACGGCCGAGACCGCCGCAGCAAUUGGUAUCGGGCGGCGAUGGACCCAUGAGGGUGAUUAGCCCGAUGAGCCAGGACGACGAGGCGGAGAGGAAGUCGGGGUUCAACGAUGUUUAUGACGACGAUGAGGAUGAGGAUGAUAAAGAGAGGGAGGGGGGGAAUGAGAAGGGCACGAAGAGGUGGCGAAAGACGGUUGAGCACGCACUUGUCAAGAUGACGGCUGAGAUUGCCGCAUUGCGAGAGCAAAUUUCUACGGGCCGGGAAUAUCAGGGGAAGAAGAGUCGGUCGUUUAAGAGCUGGGUCGGUUGGAUAUUGUGGAUGGCUGUCAGACACUGCCUUGUGGAUCUGGUGCUGUUGGGUAUCGUGCUGCUGUAUAUGAGGAAGAGGCGGGACAGAAGGAUAGAAGAUUUAGUGAGGGAGGGGUUGAGGAUCGGGAGGGAAUACAUCGGGAAAAUACUACCGGCCAGAUGA